AUGGGUAGUGCAUCUCAUGUUGAUGCGGGAAAGAAAGACCUAGUCAAAGAUGUCCAUAGGUUGGCUCGUUUUGGUGUUAGAUUAGAAGAUUCUCCUAAUGGUGGUUUUUGGGUCCAUCAUAACUCCAACUUGUCUUUGGUGGUUAAGGUGAAGUCUAAGCAACACCUUGAUCCAUCAUUGAUUGAGUUAAAGGAAACGGUUGCAUAUGAGUUGAGAUUACCUAGUGAGCUAGCUUCAGUUCAUCCGAUACUCGAUUUAUCCAUGCUUAAGAAGUGCAUUGGUGACCCCGAGUACAUCCUUCCUAUUGAAGGUAUAGAUGUGGAUGAGAAUCUCUCUUAUGAAGAGGUUCCGGUGGAAAUCCUUGACCAACAAAUACAGAAGUUGAAGAACAAGGAGGUGGCUUCCCUCAUGGUUGUUGUUAAGAAGGAAAUUCCUCAAAUGGUGAUGUUCAGCUCUUAUAUGAAGUAA